AUGGCAUCCGACAGCCAGAAGAAUAUCCUGAAUUGGGUCGCGCCUAACGACAAGUCUGGAGAAUUCAAACGCCAGCAGUCUACUUUCCGUGACUAUGUCUCUAGCGAGGAGGGUGCCGAGUUCCCUGCUGAGAAGGAUCGUUAUCACCUCUGUACGCGGAUCUGUGCACUGGAUCUGUGGCUUCACUAG